GACGACACACCCCAAGUAUAGAAAGUAAAAACACAAAAUCAUAAUGGAGAAAGCGGAGAUUGUUCUUAACUCACUUCCUAUGAGUGGUGGAGAUGGUCCGAACAGCUACUCUAAGAAUUCUCAUUUGCAGAGAAAAACAACAAGUUUGUUGAAAGAGACAAUAGACAAACUGAUAGUAGAGAAACUCGAUGCAAAAACCCUAAUCUCUGGCUCCAACACGUUCCGAAUAGCCGAUCUUGGUUGUGCAACUGGACCAAACACAUUCUUUUUCGUUGACGACAUCAUCAGAUCCGUUGAAACCAACUUACGACAAUCAAACUUCUCAAAACCAGAGUUUCUUGUCUACUUCAACGACCUCCCUGAAAACGACUUCAACACUCUCUUCACUUCUCUCCCUCAAGACCGGAAGAAAAACAACAAGUUUGUUGAAAGAGACAAUAGACAAACUGAUAGUAGAGAAACUCGAUGCAAAAACCCUAAUCUCUGGCUCCAACACGUUCCGAAUAGCCGAUCUUGGUUGUGCAACUGGACCAAACACAUUCUUUUUCGUUGA